CACGCGUAUAGGAAGUCAUCCUGUUGCUAUAGCUGCGCGCUAGCUGAGCAUGGCAGCGAAGGUAGUUGUAAAGAGGGCUGACCCUGCCGAGCUCAGAUCCAUUUUCCUGAAGUAUGCCAGUGUUGAGAAAAAUGGUGAACACUACAUGUCUCCAGAGGACUUUGUGUCCAAGUUUCUCCAUGCUCACACAGACAUAAAACUGUCUGAAGAGGCCACAGCUCUGCUGGCAGGUGUUGUGAACCAGACCAAAAAUGGGCUUAUCUCCUUUCAGGAGUUUGUGGCCUUUGAGUCCGUGCUGUGCGCUCCAGAUGCCCUCUUCAUGGUCGCCUUCCAGCUCUUUGACAAAACUGGCAACGGCGUGGCCACCUUCGAGGAUGUAAAACAAGUGUUUGGACAGACUACUAUCCAUCAGCACAUCCCCUUCAACUGGAACUCGGAGUUUGUUCAACUUCAUUUUGGCAAAGAAAGGAAGAAACACCUGAACUAUGGGGAGUUCACCCAGUUCCUGCUGGAGAUGCAGCUGGAGCAUGCCAGACAGGCGUUUGCACAGAGGGACAAAGCCAGGACUGGAACCAUCACCGCUCUGGACUUCAGGGACAUCAUGGUCACCAUCAGACCUCACAUGCUCACGCCAUUUGUGGAAGAGUGCUUGGUGGCAGCAGCCGGUGGCAGCACGUCACACCAGGUCAGCUUCUCCUACUUCAACGGCUUCAACUCUCUGCUCAACAACAUGGAGCUCAUUAGGAAGAUCUACACCACCAUGGCAGGACAUCGCAGAGAUGUUGAAGUCACUAAAGAGGAGUUUAUCAUUGCUGCUCAGAGGUUCGGUCAGGUGACCCCCAUGGAGGUGGACAUCCUGUUCCAGCUGGCUGACCUCGCUGAGCCACGCGGCCGUGUUGGUUUAGUUGACAUCGACAAGAUUGCGCCUCUGGAGGAGGGAGCCCUGCCUUACAACCUUGCUGAGGUCCAGAGACAGCAGUCUGGUGGCGACCUGUCUCGCUCUGUUUUGAUCCAGAUAGCUGAGUCGGCCUACAGGUUCACACUGGGCUCAGUGGCUGGAGCCGUAGGGGCUACAGCAGUGUAUCCCAUUGACCUGGUAAAGACUCGCAUGCAAAACCAGCGCUCCUCUGGUUCCUUUGUGGGAGAGCUGAUGUAUAAGAACAGCUUCGACUGCUUCAAGAAGGUGGUGCGCUACGAGGGCUUCUUUGGUCUCUACAGAGGCCUGGUACCGCAGCUUCUGGGCGUGGCCCCCGAGAAAGCCAUAAAGCUUACAGUAAAUGAUUUUGUGAGAGGGAAAGCUAUGCAGAAAGAUGGGACAAUCCCACUGCACUUGGAAAUCCUGGCUGGUGGAUGUGCUGGUGGCUCGCAGGUGAUCUUUACCAACCCGCUGGAGAUCGUGAAGAUCCGGCUGCAGGUGGCAGGAGAGAUCACCACAGGGCCACGCGUCAGCGCUCUCUCAGUCAUCCGUGACCUGGGCUUCUUUGGCCUUUAUAAGGGCGCAAAGGCCUGCUUCCUGAGAGACAUCCCCUUCUCAGCCAUCUACUUCCCGUGCUACGCGCACGUCAAAGCGGGCCUGGCUGACGAGGAGGGCCGGGUGGGGCCUGGCAGGCUGCUGCUGGCCGGGGCGGUGGCGGGCAUGCCUGCAGCAUCCCUGGUGACCCCUGCUGAUGUUAUCAAGACCAGGUUACAAGUGGCAGCCCGUGCAGGCCAGACUACGUACAAUGGACUCAUUGACUGUUUCUGGAAGAUCCUGCGGGAGGAGGGUCCUCGUGCUUUCUGGAAAGGAGCUGGAGCGCGAGUGUUCCGCUCUUCGCCUCAGUUUGGUGUUACACUGGUGACCUACGAGCUGCUGCAGAGGUGGUUCUACAUCGACUUCGGUGGACACAAGCCAUCUGGAUCGGAGCCACCUCCUAAGUCUCGAAUCAGCCUGCCGGCGCCCAACCCCGACCACAUUGGUGGCUACAGGUUGGCCGUGGCCACGUUCGCUGGCAUCGAGAGUAAAUUUGGACUGCAUCUACCCAGAUUUCAAGUUACUGCCGCCCCCCCUUCGGACCACCCUUGAGGCUAAUCUGCCCACCUGUGGGUGGCAGUACUGCGCAUUAGGUUGUACUGAAACACAUACACACACACACAUAGAAACUCAUGCUUGCUCUUCCUGCUCACUUCUUCAGAAGUCCCACAGACUUUGAACUUAUUUUAUGAGUGCAGUCUGAGUAAUGGCUUUAAAAUAUGAUGGAAAAUUAGUUGAUAAUGAAGCUGAAUAUUUUUGAAAUCUCUUAGGAUUUCUUCCUAAGGUUCCAGUUAUUCACUGGGGAUUGUAGUGUGAACUGAUUUUAUAUGUAAAAUGUGAUGUAAUGCAUUGCAUUGUAGGAUUUCAGCUGUUCAGCAUAUUUGUCUAUCUCUAAAUGUCAUUAAGUGUGUAAGGUAGUGUUGCAGCUGAAUAUAACUGAAUAAGGGUUGCUCAGUCAGUUUACUUAAUUAAUUAGUCCUCCUUCUUUGAAUAUAUAAUGACUGAGACAAUUCAGAGGUCUAUAAGUGACAGACGCAUCAAAUGAUUAAGGAAAGUGUGAUUGUUUCAGGAUUGAAAUAGCACAAUCGUAUCAGAAUGCAGCUGUGCGAAUAAAGAAAUGUAUUUUUUUGUAUACAACUGUUCUCUUAUGUUUCCAUAUAUAUUAAGUGUUCUGCUGCUUUAAA